AUAGAGUGUACUGCUCACAGUCGCCUACUUCACAGUCCCUCGCCAUGAUGGCGCCGGUUUUGAGCUCAAUCGUGGCACUGUUCUUUCCAAUCGUGUGCAAUGCUGCAUUGACAGCUUUAAUAACAGACCCUCAAAGUGUCAAUAUAGGGGCUCUAGGAGGUGUAAAAUCCACAAGAAGUUUUUCUACAUCAACCCACAGACUGGAAUGUUCGACUUUCCACCAAACUUUUUAUCUCAACAUAGACCGCCAACAAAAGCCGUUCCAAUCGAUUGCGGUCGUAUCUAAGCUGGUGAACCGACAAUUAUUGCCGUUAGAGGCCUUUGCAGGUGAUAGCUGUGAUGACACUGGCAUGACUGAUAGCGUGUAUGCAGGAUACGACAGAGUCGAAUUUAAAUUGAACACUGGAUACGUGGUGAUCAUAGUAAACCACGCUUGGCAACAUAAGCAAGAUGGUGCCUUUGAUCCAUCACCAUGGACAUUUCUGCUAAACAAAGCUAUGGACGGACACUGCAGAAAGCCAAACGUCUAA